CGAGAGAGAACCAGAGGAGGGGGGAAGAGGAGCGGGAGUGAGCUAGGGUUCCGGCGGCGAUGGCGAUGGCGAUGGCGGCGGCGAGGAAGGCGACGUCCAGCGCCACGGCGCGGUCGGCGGCGUCGAGGUUCGUCCAGACGCGGCCCCGCUCCUCCAGCGUCGGCGAGGAGGAGAAGCUUGCUCGUGAGGCGGUUGGGCGCGAGAUCCAACAGAAGAAAGAGGAGCUGUACGACGUGAUCGCCAAGGCGGAGCAGAGUUUUGGGACUAGCAACUUCCAGAACCUGCGCCUACUCCAGCACCUCUCCGUGCAAGCCAACCCAAGGCCGUGGGACUGGGAGUGGCGCCAUCUCCGGUUUUCGAGGAGGGUCAACAGCGUGCUGGAGAUGGCCGGCUUCGUCUCGCUCGGUUGCAUGGUGUCCCACUGGUCCAAGAAGUACAAGCAAUUGCGUGAAGCGAGGGAGGAGCUCCGGGGCCUGGAGGAAGAGCUCCGUGUGCUGAAGGAAGAGCAUGAAGCAGGAGAAUGGCAUCGCCCGAUGUCGAACCAGGAUUGAUGCGAAUCUGAGAUGUUGCUUCUGGCAAUGACGGACGGGCUAUAAUCAGGCCGGGCUGGUGGUAGUAGUAGUAAGGCAAGACGAUUGUAGGUGAAUAGUAGACUGAUGUGAUGUUUUGGUGCGAGGUAUGCUGAUGUUGUUCCCGAUCGAAUGAUUGAUUGGAUGAGCCGUUGUGGGUGAUGGCUGGCCAGCGGUUCUGAUCCUGUGGUUGCUGCCGGUUUAUUGUUUGAUGACUCGUAUGUAGGUGGUAAAUCUGCAUUAUGUUGGUUGGAAAUCUAUA